AGCUUAGACACUUCCUGACCGAUUAUUACGUACCGUGGCGUGUUAUUUUUAUCGCGCCAGGACGUUUGUGUUAAGCCUUAUUGGAAAUUUUAUUUUAUCUCAGCCUCAUCAAAUCCCCUUUUCUAUCAGUCUGUAUAUCUGGCCUGAUUACCGACACAAGUAUUACAGACAGCUUGACUACUUACAGAGUCUAGACAAACUACAUCCCUGCAUCUAGUUAGGAAAUAGAAGAAAUCGCGAUGGAGGCACUGAAAACUGCGCUGCAACCCUUGCAGCCCAUUACGAACAACUUACCGGCUCCCAUUCGCGACUUAGGCGUGUCCAUCAUCGGCGAGACCUGCUACAAGACGUUGAUCCUCGAUCUUGACCCUACAGAUUCGGAAUGCCUUAAGCUAGCCAUCUCCAAGGGUUUGGGUAUCGGUAUCAUCGGCGCAUCGUCUAUUGUCAAGGUUCCUCAAAUCCUCAAGCUCGUCCAAUCGCAAUCCUCGUCCGGUGUCAGCUUUCUAUCGUAUCUGCUCGAGACUUCGUCCUACCUCAUCUCGCUCGCCUACAACUACCGCCACGGAUUUCCCUUUAGCACCUAUGGCGAGACCGCCUUGAUCCUCGGCCAGAAUGUUAUCAUCACCGUCCUCGUUUUGAACUAUAGCGGUAGAGCUAGCAUGGCAGCGCUCUUUGUUGCUGCCUUGGCUACGAGCGUUGUCACGCUGUUCAACGAUAGAAUACUCGAUAUGCAGACCCUGGGCUAUUUGCAGGCUGGCGCGGGAGUGCUUGGCGUGGCUAGCAAGGUGCCUCAAAUUGCUGCUAUCUACCAGGCAGGUGGAACGGGUCAGCUCAGCGCCUUUACGGUAAGUCCCCUCUAUGUUUUAUACCUGAAUCCCUAGAUUAGGUUAAGCUAACGUGGCAUGUAGGUCUUCAAUUAUCUUGCCGGCU